AAGCGUCGUCAACACGAAGAAGAAGAAACCGCGUCACCGUUCAAAACAGUACUUGAAGUUCCGACUGUCUGGCGCUGCGUCCUCAUGAAGAUGUCUCAAAAUACUCCCGACAAAGACGACCAAACGUCGAGCACCAAGAGGAACAUCUCGCUGCCCAUCUCCAGGGUGAGACUGAUCAUGAAGAGCUCCCCAGACGUGUCCAGCAUCAACCAGGACGCUCUGUUUCUCACCACCAAGGCGACGGAGCUGUUCGUCCAGCAUCUAGCUCUGUCCUCGUUCAACAACGGCUCCGGGAAGGAAACCAACAGCCUGUCGUACAGCGACCUGGCGAGCACCGCGGAGGAGACCGAGACCUUCCACUUCCUCACAGAUAUCCUGCCUAAGAAGAUCUUGGCUCGGGAUUACCUCAAGUCUUUGGAGCAAAUGCAAGAAGAGGAAGGUGAUUUUUAAAAAACAGAGGAAAGCUGGAUGAGUUUCCCAUCUGGAUGGAUGUUAUUACAUGUAGUCGUCCCGCCUGUCAUCGAGAGUAAAGUGGCUGGCACAAGAGACGCUUUGAACUUUCUCAGUGCUUUUAAACGCACUGACAGAGUUCAUCUGUAGGAAUUUUGGAAAGAGUUAGAGGACACGGAGCUGAAAGUAAAACCCGCAUGGGAUUGAUGUGAAAUCAAGUGAAGACUGAAAGAUCAGCUUCAACCACAACGACACAGAGAGUCUUAGAAGAACAUAGAAGUUUCACCACACGUCUAUGAUAAAUAACUGAUGCCGACAAACUGAAUUUCUAACAAUGGCCCCUAAAAAAGCAGGUUUGCGGCUUAAUUGAUUACCUCUACACAGGCAUAUUUUUGAAAUUAUUUUUAUUGUUUUAUGCAUCAGAAUGGGCUUUUGGCCUGUAUACCGAGACUGAAGGUUUUCUGUCAGCAAAGUCUUACAUUUUAUGCUUAUUUUGCAUUCACUACCAUCAGGAAAAGUGAAAUGAGCUCACUCCGAUCCAUUCCACACAGCUGCAGCACAGAUGUCUGAACUCCAGACUUACUAUUGCCUUUAAAACACGACCGAGGGAGCUCUUUAUUUUGGGGCCGUUGUCAAGCAUUGAUUUGAAAGCAAAAUGUGCCGUUACUGAUAGUAGGUUACACAUGAUGCUGUAGUUUUUGUUAAAACGAUACGGUCAUGUUUUGAACUCUGAGUAGAUCACAAUAAAUACUUGAAAAUUGUUGGAGCUAAUCAAAAUACAAAUACCUCUGUUUUUUCCAGCAUAACUGCAAAAUACCUGCUGUUUUUCCAAAUGAAACAUUCACUCUCAGCCUAAUAGAUGUGAAUAUUUAACGUGUAUACAGUGUAGAAGGCGUCCUCCUUGUCUAUUUACAAAUUUGUGGUUUAGAUUUGAUAUUAAAAUAAAGAUUCACGCUGUAUGAC